CGGGCAUGGUGGAGAGAGGGAGAGGGACUAUUAUCUUCAGUGGCUGCUCUGCUUCACUCACCGGCAUUGCUGGAUUUUCCGAAUUAUGUUGUGGGAAAUUUGCACUGAGAGGAUUAUCGCAGUGUCUGGCGAGAGAGUUCCAGCCUCAGGGGAUACACGUGGCGCACGUCGUCAUCGAUGGCAUCGUUGGCACGCCCAGGGGAGCAUCAGUGGCAGCAUGGCAACAACAGGGAGGGGAUGAUUUGUCAAUGGACCCAGAAGCUCUGGCCAACACCUACUGGCACUUGCACAUUCAACACCGAUCUGCAUGGACCCAAGAGUUGAAUAUUCGUCCUUCCAACCCAACCCUCCGCCCUCCCUCCUAUACAUCUCAACUCUCCUCUUCUGUACAACAAAUUCAUCCAACACCAAGCCAUGACAAUUGAUCAAAUUAUUGUUUUGAACUAUUCCCAAUUCAAUCCUCAUAACAGAUGGCAAUGUGUGUGUGCAUCCAUUGGGGAGGAGCACAUGGUCCAGUUUUGGUACCGUUCUGGUAUUGGAUCGUUUGUUUCCGGUUUCGGAAUAAUCAAGAUUCUUAUUCGGUACCCAAACUUCUGGUUCUGGUUCGGGUUCUAACAACGGCGAUAAUUCUAAUUUUAGAACGUCCCCAACUCCUUCACUUGGUUGCAAGGUCCCGGUUCUGUGUAGUUCUGAUUUCGAUUAAGAAACGUAUCAACCCCCAAUGUUUCUUGCCUUCCUUGUUGCGCUAAGUACUCAUGUUUGAUUUAUCCUCAUGGAUCAAUGAUGUGAAAUGCUUAAAAAGGGAUAUAAUUUAGCGCGAAAACUGAGGUGUCAUGAAUGCCCCCCAGCCAAUUCCUAUUUAUACUCAAUUCAUAUGUGUUCUUAUGUCG